CGGGUACAAUGUAGGUCAACAACUGUUAUUUCCGGUUUCGGAUUAUUCGUUUGUACGGUAUUAAAGAAAUGUCUGCCGACAAGGAGAUAGAUCAUCUAGUACGCAGUCUUGAGCUGAUUCCUCACCUAGAGGGCGGUUUUUUUGGUGAACAGUACCGCACUGACAGACAAGUCACCUUCAUACAGCCAAAUAAGUUUGAUGGGCCAAGAGAUGGUGGCAGCUGCAUUUACUAUCUUUUAAAGUCGGGCAAAUAUGUCUCCUUCCAUCUUCCCCUGUUUGAUGAGAUCUUCCUCUGGCAUGCAGGAGGACCAGCGAAGAUAUACACAAUAGACAACGAGGGUAAAUUAACCCAAAGUAUUCUGGGAGAUACAUUGAAAAAUGGUGAUUAUCGUUACCAAGUAACGGUGCGACACGACACAUGGUAUGCAUUGGAACCAAUGGAACAAACUAAAUACAUUCUCUUUGGAGCUGUUGUCAUUCCAGGCUGGGCAUUACAAGACUGGACUCAGGGAAAGAGGGCUGACUUGUUGGAGAAGUUUCCACAGCAUGGAGAACUCAUACAGAGGUUGUGUAAAGAAUGAGGCUCAUUAACAUACAACUCAAAGAGGUGCCAACAAAGACUUGUUCCUGUACAACUACAAAAAAGUCUCAUUAAAGACUUGUCCAGACAUUUUAUUUUUUUUUAACAUAUAUACAAACAAUGGAAAGUCCUAAUAUUUUAGCACUAUGAAGCAAAUAAUGUAUUAUAAAUGUCUAUACAAAUAAAUGCAUAGAUUUCAA